CCGGCCGAGCGGCUGGGGGGUCCCCCUCAUCAUGGAGGCGCCUUACUCGCUGGGGGUCAGCGUCUUCUCCGACCAGGGCGGGAGGAAGUACAUGGAGGACGUCACGCAGAUCGUGGUGGAGCCGGACAGGGAGGCCGGGGCGCCGCCUCACGACGACGACGACGACGACGGCCGCCGCCGGCCCCCCCCCAACGCCUCCUCAUCGCCCUCCUUCUCCUCAUCGUCGUCGUCGUCGUCGUCCGUGGCCUUCUUCGCCGUGUGCGACGGGCACGGCGGGCGGGACGCGGCCCAGUUCGCCCGGGACCACCUGUGGGCCUUCAUCAAGAAGCAGAAGGGCUUCCGCUCCGGGGAGCCCGCGCAGGUCUGCGCCGCCAUCCGAAAGGGCUUCCGAGCCUGUCACCUCGCCAUGUGGAAGAAGCUCGCAGAAUGGCCGAAGACCAUGACUGGUCUCCCCAGCACGUCAGGGACGACCGCCAGUGUCGUCAUCAUCCGGGGCACAAAGAUGUACGUGGCCCACGUGGGAGACUCCGGGGUGGUCAUAGGAGUUCAGGACGACCCCAAGGAUGACUUCGUCAGAGCCGUGGAAGUGACACAGGACCACAAACCGGAACUGCCGAAGGAAAGAGAGCGAAUCGAGGGACUUGGCGGAAGCGUGAUUAACAAAUCGGGAGUGAACCGGGUGGUUUGGAAGCGGCCAAGACUCACACACAACGGGCCGGUGCGGCGGAGCACGGUCAUCGACCAGAUCCCUUUCCUAGCAGUGGCACGAGCACUCGGUGAUUUGUGGAGCUAUGACUUCUACAGCGGCGAGUUCGUUGUGUCCCCAGAACCGGAUACCAGCGUUCACACCCUGGAUCCCCAAAAGCACAGAUACAUUAUCCUGGGCAGCGAUGGACUGUGGAACAUGAUCCCCCCUCAGGAUGCCAUCUCCAUGUGCCAGGACAAAGAGGAGAAAAAGUACCUGACGGAAGAGCACGGACAGUCGUGCGCUAAAAUGCUGGUGAACCGAGCACUGGGCCGCUGGAGGGAGCGAAUGCUGCGGGCUGAUAACACCAGCGCUAUCGUCAUCUGCAUCUCCCCUGGGGUGGACAAUCAGGGUAGCUCCACCAGUGAAGAGGAGCUCUAUCUGAACCUGGCAGACAGCAUCUCCUUCAACAGCCAGGAAAUGCGCACAGCGUCUCCCUCGCCGUGCUCCACGCCACCAGUCAAGUUUUUGGAGGAGGACGCGUGGCCGCGCCUCAGCUCGAAGGACCAUCUUCCCGCUCUGGUGCGGAGCAGCGCCUUCUCAGAGAAGCGCUCGGAGACGCCCGCCGAGGUGGCACCGGGGGGGGCGCGGCCGGUCGCCAAGGGCCCAGAGACCCCGGAGGAGAGGUGCCCCCGUCCCGCGACAUGGCGGGUCCGGGCUUCCUUGAAGAGCGGCCUGUCGGUUGGCCGGUCCCCUUCGGGGGCCACGGGCCCCAGCACGGACCCUAAAAGCUUCAAGACGCCGUCAGCCGCCGGCCCCACGAAAGCCCAAGAGGUCGAGCGGACCCCCCCGGGGAACUUCAAAAGGACACUGGAAGAAUCCAACUCCGGGCCCGCCGUGAAGAAGCCGAGGCGCGGGGGGCCGACUCGAAGCGGCGGGGCUCAGCCCGAGAGCCUGUCCGCAACCCCGCAGCGCAAAAACUCGGUCAGGCUCGCCAUGCGACGCAGCCUGAGGGGCCAGAAGAAGCUCGGCCACCCCUUGUUACAACAGCACAGGAAAACGGUCUGCGUGUGCUGAGGGGGCGGCUGGAAGGCGACGGGGCGAGACCUCUCGAGCCGAGAAAUAUUUUGGAAGCCGGUGCCGGAGUCGGACGUUCGCUUUGUAGACGCCUCUCUGGGGUAUUUCGACAGCUUCAUCCUGGCCCCCCGUCCUCGCCUGUAUUAUAACUGUGAAUUUGGAAGAUGCGUCCAGCGUCCGUCGCUGUAAAAUCGUGUGGACGUUCGUACUCCUCACCGCGAACUGACGCCUGUAUACGGCGAUUGUCGGCACGGGACUAAAUAUUGUUUAAAAAAGAAAAAUAGUAGAUUUUAGCAAUCUGUCGACUCCUUUUUUAAAAAGCUCGUUAGUCCGGCACCUGUUAGUCUUGACUUUGUAUAAACCACUUCUGUUGAAAAUUUCAAAACUUUUUAAAUUAUUAAGCAGACUGGAAGAGUGAUGUAUUUUCAUAGUGACCCGCGGUGGUCCGCUCGGUGUUCCUUAGGAAAUGGUAGUGUCUUUUUAAGAUCAUUUUUUAAUUUGGGAUUUCACAAGUCAGAAGUGGAAUUUACCUGGAAACAGUGCGUACGUAGCUUGAUGUCUGUUUUUCUCUCAAUUAAAAUACUAUGCAUAAUUCUGCUGCAUUUUGUGAACUGUUGCUCGUCAGAAGUAUCCGGGAAAUCAUUUGGGUGUACGUAGGUUCGUGUGAGAAUCCUCCUUUAUUAAGAAGAAAACUUCAUCUUGACCUUUCUGUAGUACUCUUGUUGCCAAAGCUUAAGGUAAUUACCCCUUUUAAUGUUUAAUCUUAAAACGUUUAAGGUUUUUCUUGCUAAUCCAUUCCCUUGCAACACAAUUUCUUAAGUUAUUUUUAUGUUACAGUUUUCGUUGAUCCUGUGAGUUACACGUCAGUUCACCUAAUAAACCAGUGAAUG